AUGGAAGCAUCAACCAAUACACAAAUUGGAUGUGGAAUGAGACAUCGAGAAGUGCAUACGGUUGACUGGAAUACAAUGGAAGUGGUACUGCUAGAGAGGAAACAGUUUGGUGCGCCGUUAACCGCGUUCCAGCUGAACCAGGAGAAGCUCAUCAGGAUGCUGGGGAACAUCCAGGCGAUGUCGGCCCUCGGCUGGCGCCUCUGCAAGCUGCACGACACCGGCAAGAUGACCUCAGGCCAGGCUAGCCUGGGCAAGGCCUGGAUCACAAAACAGGCGCGGGAGACGGCGGCGCUCGGCAAGGAGCUCCUCGGCGGCAACGGCAUCGUCACCGAUUUCCAUGUUGGGAAGGCGUUCUGCGACGUGGAGUCGGUGUACUCGUACGAGGGCAGCUACGACGUCGACACCCUCAUUGCUGCGAGGGAGAUCACUGGCAUCUCCAGCAUUAGGCCGUCAAGCCGGCUCUAG